AUGGCUCGAGUCAUCCAGUUAGGCCUCGCAGGAGUUGCUGGGACUGUGCUCCGGCCGUCAGCACAUGGUCCCCCAGAGCUCUGGCUGCAGCAUGGACCCUCAGUCCACCUGUCUGCUCCAUACAAGACCAUGCCAGAUGGAAAUCUGUCAGAGGAGGAAGAGCUGUCUCUCUUAUAUUUUCCCUUGGAGAAGUUUAAGCUGGAAAAAACACUUAAAGAACGUAACGCCAUUGCAGACCAAGUGGACACAACCCACACCGUGCUCAUGGAGACCAGCCUGGUGGCCAGCUCCUCAGGGGUUGUUUUUGGAGUCAUGAGCGUCCUGGGUUUGGCUCUAGCAUCUGCCACGGCAGGAGGGCGUCUCUCCCAUGGGAUAGGGCUCUCCACAGCUGGGUGGGGCUGGGCAGCUGCUGCCAUCACCCACUUAGAAAAUAGAAGCAAUUCAGCAGCAAGAGACAAAGCCAGCAGAGUGUCUAUGGUGACAUCAGAGCACAAGACUUUCGGAGAGAGGUUAUCCGAAGUCGAGGCUGAUGGCUUGUGUGCUGAUAGGUCAGUAAGAGACCAGGGCAGCAGGGACCUUCGUGCCUACCCGAUGGCCAAGGCCAACUCUAGCUUCAUGGCUAUGGCCAAGAAUGUCGUGGCCACAAGAUGCAUCCCUUUCUGGAAGGCUGGAGGGGUACAGAGGGCCUUUGGGGGCGUAGCUCUGGCCGUGACCACGGGUGCCUGGGUGACAAGUGCUGCUGGGGUUGGCUGUUCACUCGCGCAGGAUGUGAACAGCUUCCCGAAGAGCCAGAGGCACCUGGAGGAGGGGGCAAGGGCAGAAAUGGCCGAGGAACAGAGUGCUCUUGCAGUGGAAGGUGAGCUGGAUCCGACCCAGCGCCUGGCAGGGCUGAGCCCGUGGCACUGA